GUUGCAAAGCGCAAGCAACUGGCCAAGCGAAAAUCACAACAAAAUGGUUUUUUUAACGAGCGCGAAGCAAAAACACAAGUAGAAAACACAAUAAAAACACGCCACAGAGGAUAGGAAACCGGGCAAAAACUUACAGUAUUAACGUGGAGUGGGCCGAGCGAGAGCAGCGUGCGCCGCAGCCUGCUAAAUUAAUUAUUACACAACAAAUAAAUCAAAAAAGUGCCACCGACAGUUUCCAAUUGGCAGCGUGCGGCCGAAAAUAGCUUGUAAACAAAGCGAUCGCUAGGAAUAGGAAUAGGAAAAAGAAGCGCUCUCAACGUCAUUGACCCACAAAUUAGCCGUUGUCAUUGCCAAGCGAGAAAUCGGUACAGUUGCAGUGGCCCUCGCAGCCACUUCCCACAUCCACAUAUCCACGUCCCGCUGAAGAGCACGUGCAUCAUCCACGUCCACGAUGGCCAGCCGACAGAUUGCCAACGACCACCUGCGCCUCUCCUGGCACGACACCCAGAUGAUGGCCACCCUGAGCCCGCAGAGCGUCAUGGACUACUUCUGCCGCAAGUCGAAUCCCUUCUACGACCACAUGUGCAACAACGAGACCGUGCGGAUGCAGCGCCUCGGUCCGGAGCACCUUCACAACAUGAUCGGCCUGGAGUACAUCCUGCUGCACGUCGCGGAGCCCAUCCUCUAUGUCAUCCGCAAGCAGCACCGGCACAAUCCCUCGGAGGCCACGCCCAUAGCCGACUACUACAUCAUCGGAGGCACCGUCUACAAGGCGCCCGAUCUGGCCAACGUUAUCAAUGCCCGAAUACUCAACACAGUGGUCAACCUGCAAUCCGCCUUUGAGGAAGCCAGCAGCUAUGCCCGCUACCAUCCCAAUAAGGGAUACACCUGGGAUUUCUCCUCCAACAAAGUCUUGUCUGAUAAAUCCAAGACGGAUAAGAAGGACGCCAACGCGGCUAAGGAUGAAAACAGCGGCACUUUGUUCCAGAAGCAGCGUGUGGACAUGCUGCUCGCCGAACUAUUGCGUAAAUUUCCCCCACCCAUACCGCCUAUGCUGCAGAAUCUCCAGCAGCCGCUGCCAGCGGGCGACGACGUGAACGCAGGGGGAAACGCCUCCGAACUGAACAAUGCCACAGGACCUCUGGACAUCAAAACCGAGGGUGUGGACAUGAAGCCACCGCCCGAAAAGAAGAGCAAGUGAUUAUGUUAAUGUGCAUUUAAACUGGGAACGAUUAAAGUACAUUUAACUUA